AAUAAUUAUUCAAUAAACGCAUUGAUUUGUUUCACGAGCUGCUUCUACUUUUAUAAGCGGCGUGCAAAAUGACAAGUUAUAGGAGAUGUAUCGUGGUUGUUGCAUUGUUGACAUAGCAACCCGUUUUAGACUGCACCGAGUUCCAGGAGAAUUGUGGUGUAGAAUAUUAGAUACGAACAGAAUUGGAACAAACAGUUUUAUGAUUCAUCCGACAGAAAAAAUAUCUCACUGUAGAAUAAUUAUCUAUUUUCUGUCAGAAUAUGGGUUUUGCUAUAACUCUGCAGACGUUAAAUUUUCUGUGAAUUAUUAGAAACGGCUUUGGUCUAUAUUGUCAGAAAGGAAGUACAUUAUUCAUUAGGGAAAUGAAAUGGACGUAUACAUUUCUCUAUAACAGUAGACCGUUUCUACAGACAUUACAUUGAUUUUUACUCGAAUGGGUCUGAAAUGCCACGUUUAUAUGAGUAUUGUAAGGAAAAAAAUGGAAUGCGUUAUUUACGAAACUCUUUCAUGAAUUGGCAAUUGACUGAACGUUCGCAUACGACAAUCAUUUGCAUACGCGCUAACACACAACAGAGUAUGGAAUAAUAAAUGCCAGUUCCGACGUGAAAUCUUAAAUAUAAAUCUGAAAUCGAUAGGGAGGUUGGUAUACUGAUGUCAUGACAGUUGUAAAGAAAUGUGUAACUACUUCCGUUAUUUUGGCGGGAAUGUCCGUUUUGUUCCAGACGAUAAGUUUUAUCAUUCCUGGAUGGUUCAUAACUGAAACUAGGAAAUUUAGUGUGAAUAUGGCUCUGUGGUAUGUAAUAUUUUGUAAUGGUGAACAAAACAUUACAAUCAGUGAACCAUGCGAAACUGUUACAUACAAGCGUCUAUUUUCCGGAGAGAAUGGAGACGGCCUUGCUCAUCUGGGUGCAAUGUUUACGUCAGUGAUUGGAACUCAAGUUCAGGUGACAUCAUGUCUGAUUUUGGCAACUGGAGCUUUUCUCCUAAUUUUGUUUCAACUUAAAACAUUCCAUCAGCAGACGCCAGGGCAACCGAGCAUAUUCGAGGACGAGCCAAGGGGCACAUGCAAUAGCAGAGCUAAAUUUAUCUACAGCGGUGGCUUCUCGGCUAUAUUUCAGUUGUUUUCAGGAAUUUUACUAGGAUUAGUUAUCAUUGACUUCGCUAAGAAGUACUACGCUUUUGGUAAACCAAGACCACCUAUUCCAUAUACACUUUUUAUAGCUGGUUUGGGCGCAGUAUGUUCCGGCCUAUGCGGUAUCAUUGAACUAGCUAUAGCAUUCCGGACAAAAGAAGACCGUAGUCGGCGUUUAAGCAGUGCGGCUGAUAAACACUGCACCCCACAACAGCUAAUACCUCUAAAUCAAAUUCAAGGUCAAAGUCAUAAGAAAGGUCAUUAUCAUGAGUCACAGUUAAGAAAUAUAUCAGUUGACGAGGGUGAUUAUUAUGGACAGGAUUAUGACGUAGAAAAUCCAGCUUUCCAUACACAAGGAGGGAGAAAGUCGGACGUAUCCAGCUCACUAUUUCCAGGAUACAGACUUGGAAGACAAAAUUUACAAGGACAUGAUAAGAAAUGGUGGAGAAAAGUUACUUUCGCAGCGUUUACAGUAUUGUAAAGUAGAUCAGAGAGAUAUACUCAAUAUGUAUGGAACUAUCUCAAUCAGUCAUAUUGGAAGAGAAAUUAUUUUAUAUACGGAAUAUUAUACAAGCGUGUUGGUGUGUGCGUUUAUAUCACAUCUCGUAGGUUGUUUUACGUUUUGUAUCACCUUUGUCCGAAAAAAUAGGGUGAUACCAAAAGUAACAAAAGCAACGAGAUGUGAUACGAUAUGUUUAGAUAAACACUUAUGUUUACACUUAAAUGUAUUACCUUCCUACUCAUGUUGUAUCAUAAUCGACUCCGUGUUUUCGGUUUCCAUCUUACCCUAGUCGGUUGAUUGGACAAACUGACUGUACUACUUUCGAUUAACGCCAAACCGACCGACACGGACUUUAGAGACACCGAGUCAUUGCUGAUACAAGACGAUGUAGGGCCUAUCACUUUAUUUGAUAAGUCCUUUAUUUUGAACGGAAAAUGUAUAGCUGCUAUUUCAUCCACCUGAGCCAUAACAGGAUGUUUUCGUUAGCUACAGCUCUAUUUUGCAAGGUCCAGAUAUAAAUUAUAAAUCAUUCUAAGGUCUCCGAAUGUGGUAGUAGACUUUUUACAAUUAUCAAUUUUUCUUUAAUAAUGUCUAUUUUAUAGCAAAAAAAUGAACUCUCCCGUUAUAAAAAUUGGGCGAAAUCACAACAUCGGAACAAUUAGAAAUUUACAAAACGUUUUCAUAAUAGUCUAUGCACAAAUGGGGCAAAAAAUUGAAUAAAGAAAGAUAUAUAGUCAGAAAUGGCUGAAAUGUACCAGUGAAAAAAACAACAUUAUUUUAUUUUUUACUUUAAAUUCAUAACUAGUGAAAUGUAAAUGUAGAAAAGUAGAAAGUUUCUGCAACAACUCUCAGAGCUCUUUAGAAUGGUAUAUAAUAUUAAUAAUAUGAAUUAAGGCAAUGCCUCAAUCGGGAGUCGUUACAGUUCAUCAGCCUGCCCGGAAAUAUGCGUUUGUAUCAAUUUAAAGGUAGAUUUUGGAAUAAAAAUCCAUACUGCACAUAUUUGUUCUGAUGUGCAAGACGUUAUGGCUCGGACAAGCUAUGUGGACGCUUAUUACGCACAAGGAAAAGGCGUAUUCUUCAAAAAAAUCCGACGUCAGACGCUCUGUGCACGUGCCGGCAGACCACAUGUUUUAAUUCGAUCCCAUUCGGUAUAUAUCGCAUGUUACCGUAGAGGGAUCGGUAGGAUCGAUUCCCUGUUAUAGUAUUGCCUUAUAUUAAAGAGAAAUCGAGACAUAUUGUGGAAAUAAGCUUUUUCUGACUCUCAUGUAAAUUGUGAGUGUUACGUAAUGCGUAUGAAAGCAUGAAACUUGCUCUUGGACUAUUGCAGAAUUGUAAGUAUCGCAGAUUUCCAUAUAUCAUUAUCUACCUCUAGUUUUAAUCGCGCACCUGCUGUAUCCUGAAAAUCUGCCUUUAACUCUACAAUGAAUAUGCUAUAUACAGAUACAGUAUUCAUAUUUUUUUCAAAAAUGCUCAAGAUCUGAAUUGUCUAUCAUCGGUUAAACACUUUCAUUUUCCCUGAACAAAAAUGUUCGUUACUUUAUGUACUCAUCUGUUAGUAAGCAUGUUAUAACAUUUAUUGUUAUAAAAUAAAACAUCACCUUUUCAAUUCAUAAUAUCCCGAAAGCAGUAAGUUAAGUCACAAAUUUUCUUUUGUCUUUUUUUCUCUUCAAAUGCAUUCAUCUUUUGUAAAAGUGUUAGAGCGUUUUUGUCCUAGAGGCGCGUCUAAACAAGUUUUGUGUGUCUUCGACAUGUUGUAUGCCAAGAAAAUGCAAGAUUGUAAAAGAUAUCCACAUAUAUACUAGAAUAUUUUCUGAACUGUUUUUGGUUAUUUAAUUUGGCUGUUAUUUCAUGGCCGUGCUUUGAAAACCCGUAAAAUUUGUGCUUUUCCUACCAAUCGCCUAGGACAAUCAAAGCAUGCAGUUUAUUACGUUAGAGCACCAUUAGCUUGAUGUCGUCUGCCGCUGGAAUUUUAUCCGUGGGACAUUCAAGGACUAUUGGAUGAAGCAGUGAGGUCAGGAACGAUAACUUCAUAAAAUCGAGUUACUGUAUCUUGUUUUGAUAAUACAGUUCUUUUCUAAUUUUCUGAUCUGUUAUAGUUUGCCAACAGCUUCGAUCAGAGAUAAAUUGAAUGUAUUUUUUUUUUUCGUACUUAGCCUAUUCCAUAAUUGUCUUUCAGAUGACUGCUUACACUGCUGUUAAUAUUAUUGUUUUCCAUUUUGAUUUCAUUUUAAACCUUUUAAGCGGUCUACAUUUGAAUCGCAUUACAUUUCAUAUGUUUGGCCAAUUUAAAAGACCGGUUGUUUUGGUUUGUUUUUAUCAGUUAUCAUAAAACCUUUUUGUAGAAUAUAUGUGAUUCGUUACAGGCAAAUCGACCAUGCAAUUUUGGGCCAUUGUUGUCCAUCUGGACAUCUCUACUAAU